AUGGCUGCCCUCAGACCGCUGGUGAAGCCCAAGAUCAUCAAAAAUAGGACCAAGAAGUUUAUCCAGCACCAGUCAGACCGAUAUGUCAAAAUUAAGCAUAACUGGCGGAAACCCAGAGGUAUUGACAACAGGGUUCGGAGAAGAUUCAAGGGCCAGAUCUUGAUGCCCAACAUUGGUUAUGGGAGCAACAAGAAAACAAAGCACAUGCUGCCCAGUGGUUUCUGCAAGUUCCUGGAAGUGUUGCUGAUGUGCAACAAAUCUUACUGCGCAGAGAUUGCUCAUGAUGUUUCCUCCAAGAACCACAAAGCCAUUGUGGAAAGAGCAGCCCAGCUGGCCAUCAGAGUAACCAAUCCCAAUGCCAGGCUGCGCAGUGAAGAAAAUGAAUAGACAGUGCAUGUGCACAUUUUAUUUGUGUUUGAAUAAAACCAUAAAAACUGCAAAAAAA